GGAGUCGGCCGUGCUACGACAUAGACUGCGCGAAGCUGCAUAGCAUCGACAUCGACAUCGACAGAGUUUUCAUCUGUAUUUCGAGUUUUGAUGUUCAAUAGGAAUACAAAUGGGGAAGAAAGAUGCAGCUCAAAGAACCCACCUAUCUGUGGAUCAGUAUAGGAAGAACAUCGGGAAACAUGAGCAGAAAAGAACGAAGAAAGAUGUCAACAGAAUGAAGAAUGAGGCUCAAAUCAGGAAAGAAGGCUUUCGAUUUCAGGAGACCUUUCUAGUGAUUUUAUCAUUACUAGCAGCAGUGAUGUUGAUAUAUGCCCUUUUCUACUUCCAAAUAACACCUAAGGAUUGAUGGAAAGCACAAAGUUUGCCACAAACGUCAAAUUGUCAUUUGAUGUUCCUUAGUUAUAGACUUUAGGAUAUUGACCAUGCUCAUGGACAUGCAAUGUGAGGGUGAUUUAUGGUCAAUAUUCCAGAUUUUACAUCAGGGGGGUGUUUCACAAAGACCUUUUUCAAUGACAAAUGACAAAAACCAGUGACAAAUCUGCUGAUAACCAAUCAAAAACUGUCAAUUGUCACUGAUGACAAGUUUUGUGAAACACCCCCCAGGAGAGUGAUGGAUGCUGCAGGUGGGAUCGGGAUAGUGAUGGAAUCUACCCAUCAGGAAGAAUGAGAGCACAAAAUGGCUGUAAUAGAGUUUAUCUUCUUCAAAUUGGCAAAACUGCUAACUUUUCCAGUGAGGAUUCAUGAACCUAUAAUGAGAUUACAUGUGAAGGAACAUGAAAUUUAAAGCAACACAGUUUAAAUAUUGUAUGCUUGUUUCACUUUAAAAUUUUGGUUUCAAACAAUGCUUUAUAGUACAACAAAAAAUGGUAACAUGUUGGUAUGUGAAUGAAGCUCGGUAUGGUAAUUUUAUUGGUAGAGGAGAAAGGCUUCCAACACUCAUUAAUUAUUAAUCAAAAUUGAUUGCAAGUUCAGCGGUUAUUUGAACUAUUAUCUUUCUAUAUUGAUACCUGCCAACCCUUCCGAAUGAUCCGGAAUAUUCAGAUUUUUAGGAGUUUAAGGACCUGAAAUUUGGAAUAUUCUGAUUUUUCAAAAUUUCAUUUUUUGUUUGUUUAAUAUAUGUUUUGUUAUUGCUAAAGCCAAAUUAAGAUUGUUUUAUCAUGUGCCACGAUUUGAGAGUUCACAUAUUGCAGCCUUGAAUGACUGCAUGAUUGAGCAACGAAUUUGUAUUCGCUUUUUUGUACAGAAACCAUGUGCGAACGCCUGUACAUAUUUCCUCUUUUCGAAGGCAUACCGUUCUAGAAAUUCCUAAUUCUGGUUUUCAAAUGUUGGCAGGUAUGCUAUAUUUCAGAUCAGGUAAAUUCUUUGUAUUCUAGUUAUUUUGCCUUUGUCCAAUUGUUUUUGGACCAAUUUAGAAGAAAUUGUAAAAAAUAUUUGAUUGUCAUUUAGAUGUAUAUGUGGAAGCUUUCUUUAUAGCAAUAAUGAUAAUUUAUAUAGUGGAUAUAUCACAGUAUCAUGUGUGUGUUCCUGUGCAUUACAAGAUCUAUGAAUAGUUAAGUUGAGAUAUGCAGGAAUCAUAAUAUAGCUUAUCACUAAAGACCAAAAUAACUUUGUUCCAAAAUAGAGAGAUAUAUAGAUUAGUGGUUAAUAUGUCAUUGGGCAAUCAUGGCAUGACAGUGAAAUUUACAAUUUUUCACUGAAUGUCGAUCCAGUUUGUCUCCUAGCCUUUGUGAAGCAAUAAGAAUGAGUACUAUACCAUUUCAUACAUUUUGUAAGUUUCAUUUUGAACAAGUGUGAUCUGAACCUUAUGACUAUGAUGAUUAUAAUCUAAUGACAGAGGAGUAUAUUUUGCUUCUCUCAAGAAAUGUAACGUUUCUAAUAGUUAUAUAUUUUUUUUUAUAUAAAAGGGUUUAUAUCGA